UCGAGAACGCGCGCGCAUGAGCGGGGCGGAGUUAUACUGAACGAACGCUUCGUGCUCGUUUGGCGCGGAAGGGAAAUAAUUUAUGUCCGAUCGAGUGCCAGAAUUGUAAUUGUAAUUUCAAUGACUUGGGAAUAGCAUUUGAAAGAUAAAAAAUGAAACUUAGAUCUCAGAAAACAACAACGCCUUAUUCUGGGAACCAAAGGAGAACUCGGCGGUGUUCUAGCAAAGAAACGCCGAGUCGAAGCCGUUCUUCGGUGUCCGACAGUCCGCUUCAAGCCGAGGAUAAAGAGACCUCGGAUAACCACUCCGACAAUGAGGUUCCUACGAUGAGGAGGCGACCGCUGCCCCGCGGCCGACUGAGGAAGAGGGCAAUUCCUGUUGAUGACAGAGAAUCAGAUUUGGCCUUCAAAACCCCACUGAGGCCCAUACAGCGCCAAGAACGCGUUCUGACAGAGAUGGAUGUGUCGUCUCCUCUGAACUCGACGGCCAGAAACAUUUACUCCCCCAUCAUGCGCUUCCUGACACCCAGUAAAGAAAAUUUAAAGUGUCCCGGAACUGCAAACAGUUUAAUGAUGAGCCCAGAACAAGGAGUGUUUGGUUACGGAUCUAUUGACCUUCUGUCAGGAGACGAGGACGAUGAUGUCUUUGAUCCGUUAACCUUCAUCAAGAACAUUCCCUCCCAGUCUGAACAUUCCCGGCCCAGUCUCACAGACAUUCCUCCAAAGACCAGGAGCACUCCAGAGGCCACGCUGGUGGUGGAUCUGGAGGAGACUCUGAUGUUCAGCUCUCUUAAUGUGAUAGAAGAAGCAGAUUACACCUUCUACACGUCCUUCCAGGACCAUCAGUACAAGGCGUAUUUGGUUUUGCGACCACAUGUCAGAGAGUUUUUACAAGCCAUGGCCAAAAUUUAUGAGCUGUUUGUAUAUACUUGUGCUAAAAAAGAAUACGCUGAGAAGAUCCUGGAGAUCUUUGAUCCUCAGAAGAAGCUCUUCCGACACCGUCUGUAUCAGGACGAUUGCGCCUGCGUUCUCGGACACUACAUCAAAGACCUGAGCAUUCUGGGAAGAGACCUCACAAAGACGGUGGUUCUGGACAAUGCUCCCCACACUUACCCUUACCAUCUUAUGAACACGAUACCCAUAAAGAGCUGGUCUGGAGAGGCUGAAGACAGAGAGCUGCUGAAGCUCAUCCCGUACAUGGAGAAGCUGGUGGCAGCUGAUAACUUCCAGGAGGUACUAAAGAAAAGGAAGGAUCACUUCCACAGGCUGCUGUCAGAAGACUGACCGGACUCCGGGGCUCUCAUGACUUCUUCGUGGGACUUUCUCAGCUUGUGUUUGCUUUUAUUUUCUUAAAAGCAAAAUGAUUCCGUCUGGAAAGGACCUGGCUUUCUCCUCCUCGCCUUUUCACAACCGUGCUGCUGAUUGAUCAUCAUUGAACCUGCCUUCCCACCAGGACUCAUUCCACAGGAAGCAAACUCCUAACCUGUAUAUAAAUAUAUUUUUUCAAAACUUGAAACCGAUUGUUUAUAGUUAUUUUUUAUUUAUUGAUUAUGUGUUUAAUUGAAAGCUGGUGUGUUACUUUUAGAAAAGAUUUUUGUGCAAUAAAUAAAAGCCUGAGUUUUA